AGGGAAAAGAAGCAUCCAAUCAGCGAGCAAGCUGACCAUAGAGAUUUAAAUUUUAAAAGGAUAGCGCGGCCCAUCCUGACUCUUCCGAGGAAAGUCGUCACUCAGCCUCUCAAGUGGGAUUCUCUAAAGACGCCGCGUAGAGAUAGGAGGAGGAAUUAGAGCGUUGCGCAUGGCGUCACUUCCCGUCCCAUCUUUGGAGUCCUGAGGCUUGUGUUCCCACGGUUCUCUCUGCGGGAGUUGCAGAGUGGUCCGUCCCCUCCAUGGUUCGUGCGGAAAACCAACCCCACACCCUCAGUUCUGGUCGUCUUUUCUCUGUCGUACUGACUACAGCCCUUUUUUCCUAAGUCUAAAGAACUGAAUUUGUGCUGCACUUCCUCCAACCUCUGUAAUCUUCAUGUCUCCUCGUUUUCCGGAAGUGACCAGGAAAAAUGGAUUCUGAUUUGUCGCAUACAAUCCAAGAAGCAAUUGGCAUUCUCAAUUCCUGCAAAGAUGGCAUCCAGAUAUCUAAGACCUUGUGCACAGUUAAGAGCUAUCUGGAUGGAAGUAAUGUUUCACCGAAAGAAAAAGAAGAAUUUAUCCACAGUCAUUUUACUCCCUUUCUGCAAUGUCUUAUAUGUAACCUGAGUCCUGAUUGGGAGGAGCAGUUCCAGGAAAAUAAGCAGAAGGAAUUAUGGCUUAGCUUUUUCUUGGAAGGACCAGCAGAGCAAUCUUUUAUGGUUCUUUUGGACUCCAUCAUUUCUACAGAGCCCAGUUUUCGUCUGAAUAAAGUUGUUGAUGUCCUGGAGCAGUUCCUUCAGCAAACCGGACUGUCUGAUUUGAUGUGGGAGGUCUGCAAGCAACAGACGCAAGUUGGUGUUCCACCUCUGCAAGAAGCUAUUCUCAGCCGGGUCGUCUGUCUCCCCGACCACUUGGGCAACAAACUCCAGGAACGUAACCGGCCCAUAUUCUUUCCCCAGAACUACUUUCCGUUGCUCGGCACGGAAAUUAUCAGGGUGCUAGAAAAGAUUUUUGCUUCACUUCGAGGUGGCUUGGACUGCUCAAUCUCAUUUGUGUCUCAAGUGCUAGGAAAGACAUGUGUGCAUGGAAAACAACAAGAAAUCUUGAACGUCUUGGUGCCCCAGCUGACCGAGCGCACCCAGUCUGAUUGCAUCUGGCAGAGAAUGUGCUGGCGGUUGGUUGAAAGUGUGCCAGAUCGCUGGAUGGAAGCCGUGAUCUGUGGCUUUGUUCGGGUCUCAGCGAGGCCUGCUGCGUUGUCACGGUUGUUGGGAAAUGUGGUCGUCAAAAGCAAGAAGGCUCAGUUUGUCAUGACCCAGAAAUUGCUGCUGCUUCAGUAUAGCUAUCCGACAUCAGUGUUGCAGACGCUCCUUGGGUACUUGGCCCUGGAUAGCACGCGGCGUCCAUUACUGAACAAAAUUUUGAAAGAGCUGCUGGAGACCUGGGGAAGCAGCAGCGCAGUAAAGCACUCUCCCGCAGAGCAGCAGCUGUACAUCAGCAAGGCCAUUCUGAUCUGCCUCUCUCAUCUGAAAGAAGAGGAAAUAAUGAGUAGCAGGCAAGAGCUGCUCACAAGCCUGAUGGAAGGGAUGAAGUGCCAUCUGGACAGCAACCUGCCGCGCAUCCGUCACAUGGGGAUGGUUGUGGGAGAGUGUGUCAGCGCUAGGAUGAUGCCUGAAGGGCCAGCUUUGAAAUUUGCGGUAAACCAGCGGAGAGAGAAAUUUCUUUUUAUGGAAAAAAAAUAUAUUCCUCUGGAUUCUGUGGUCCUGACUGGGCCUGAAGAUGCAGACAAAUGGGAAGCCACAGUGAGCGUCCUGGAGACACUCAUUCGAAGGAACGCAGCCGCUGCGAGAGAGGCGAGCGUCGAGUUGGCCAAAGUCCUGCUGCAUCUGGAAGAGAAAAGCUACAUCGCAAGCUUUGCGGAGCUUCGACAAGGCGCUUUGGUGGCCGUCCUUGUCACCGACCCCGUCACGGUCACCCGGUAUCUCACCUCUGAAUUUUACUCCCUGAAUUACAGCCUUCGCCAGCGGAUGGACAUCCUGGAUGCACUGGCCGGGGCAGCCCGCGAACUCUCCCGGCCCCUCUGCCUGGAAUCGAAACCGCUUCCAAGCCUCAAACAUCCCAGCAUCCAGGUCCUGUCCAGUGAUGGUUCUUCUCCAGUUUGGCAGAAAGUGGUGGACGAAAGGAUCAAAAAGAAGACACGAAGGUUUGCAAAGGGUCCCUCCCACGUAGAGCCGUCCUCCGCCCCCAACAGAUUUGCUCCAGUGGCCGGUCAUUUCUUCUUCCCACUUCUUCAGAACUUUGACAGGCCCAUGACCACCUUUGACCUCCUGGGAGAUGACCACCUGGUACUGGGCCGGCUGCUGCAUACAUUAGCCAUCCUGAUGCACUGUGCUGCCAACAGCGGGGUAGCAACUGCAAUGGGAAAGGCGCUCCUCGAGUUUGUUUGGGCCCUGCGUUUCCACGUAGAUGCGUAUGUGCGCCAGGGCCUUCUCACUUCGGUCUCCUCCACACUCCUCAGUGUCCCUGCCGAGCAUCUUCUUGAAGACAUGACAGAGGAGCUUAUGGAAACCCGCUUCUGGCUGGCAGAUGUUGCAGAGAAAGACCCAGAUGGCGACUGCAGGAGUUUGGCACUGCAGAGCCUGCUGUUGAUGGAAAACCUGAAAAAGAAACUGGAAACGGUUCCUUUCUCGUGAAGGAGAUGCUCUUUGUCUACCCUCUGGCUAGUUGGUGGUUCAGAAUUUGUCUCGUAAUCCCUGCUUGAAGCAAAGACAGGAAGGAGGACUACUGAGAUACAGGGGCUCUUUAAUGACAAACUGAUCAGGUCUGAUAAAAUGGUCUAAAAGUCAUCUCAACAUCAGCACUCUGUACAUGGAGUAAGGUGACCGUGCGACAGAGUGGUGGUGCAAAGUCCUGUGAUUUUGUUUCAUUUGCAAAAGUUAUUUCUAGAUCAUCUUUAAACCCUAAUGCCAGGGUGUACAAAAAUGCACAGUCGUUUUACUCAGAUAACCCUCCGUUACAGGGGUGGGGAACUUUUUGUGCCUUGAGGGUUGAAUUGGUUUUGGGUAGUUAUGCUGAAGGGAGGGAGCAUGGAGUGGGGCCAGAGCUGAAAUGUGGUGGAUUUGGCUCCACAUGGCUCUUCCAGCAUCACUGCGUAAUUCAUUCACAUAGGGGACCAGCUGCUUAUACAAACGUUUUAAUUCUGUUCUAAGUGCUCAGCUAGAAAGAUACAUACGCAUGUGAUGUGAACACAGAUGAAAAGCAGCCAUCUCUGGGCCACUGUACUGAUUGUUCAGGAUUUAUGUGGUGCACACAUGUUCUGCCCUGCUUGCCCUCCCUGUUUGGAAGCUGUCUGGAAACUAGGGAGGGGAUCUCCAGGGACUCCCUGCGCAAGUGAUCACGGAUGAGCGGUGAUUCCUUCUCCUUCACUGCAUCAGCUUCGAAACCAGGAGGGACUGCCUCCAAACCCUCCACAGGCCCUUGCUCUCCAGACUGGCCGUGGGCAAAAGAAAACUGUUCCCCUCACUCACUCACCCCUGCUUGGGUUUCAUCAUGCUAGCUUUCCAACAAUAGGUAAGGAAGAACAAUGUGGUUGUUGUGGGUUUUUCAGGCUCUUUGGCCUUCAGAACACGGCCAAAGAGCCCGAAAAACCCACAACAACCAUUAUAUCCCAGCCGUGAAAGCCUUUGCAAAUACGAAGAACAAUGUAUUUGCCUGACUUCUCCCCCCCUAAACUCAAAACUGUUCAGAUGUGUAAAAAUAAACUCCAUACCUUUGUGUUUCAAAAAAAUGUAAUAAACUGUAUUAAAAUA